AUCUUGCCAUGGGGUGCGGACUACGAAAGCUAGAAGACCCAGAUGAUAGCAGCCCUGGAAAAAUAUUUUCUACGUUGAAGAGACCGCAAGUGGAAACAAAGACUGACUCUGCUUAUGAAUAUGUAUUGCUGGAUUUUACUUUAGAAGUGUCCUCAAAUCCAGAAGUUAUCAAGAUCAGUUCUGUGUUGGAUAUAGCAACAAAAGUGGAAGAAUAUUACAUCAAAGGAUAUGUUGUAGGAGCAAUUCAUCCUAUUAUAUUACCUGUUGGGCGAAGAAAGCACUUUCCUGCAAGUUAUUUGUAUCGAGUGGUACUAUCACGACUCAAAUUAAGCCCGAAGCAUACAGCACUCAGAAGACAAAGACACCCCAGGCUUUUGAUUGAGGAAUGUCCUUUAAUGUAUGAAACACUGACAAAUGAGGUAGUGAAAGGAUUGUUAGAAAAGGUCAAUGAAGCUGCUAAAAGAGGGAAGAAGUUUGUUGGAUUUAUAACACAGCAUUUUCCUCAGACUAAAUUCUGUAAUGGCACAAACACAGAUGGAAAUGCGGACUCGGAAUCAGCACUAAGUAUAAAGAGUAGAGAGCACAGGAAAUACAAUUAUGACGAAAACUAUAAAAACUGGAAUGAAGGGACUUUGAGUGGUCAGUCAUCUGAGAGUGGAAUAGAGGAAGAAAUUCAGCCAGAAAGGGGACAGUUACAGGAUGCUGAUUUCCCCAGCCCUACUAAACCAAGAAAAGGAGAAGAUAAAUUAUAUACAGUCUUCAAUGUUUUUGAUGAUGACUCAACCUGCUGGACCUAUCAUGAGGGCAUUUUGUCUAUGAAAGUAACAAGAAAAGGGGCAGUCAUUAGUACUCUGGAUGCAGAUUGGCUAGAACUAACCACAUUUUAUUAUAAACAAGGAUUGUCAUUAAUUGAUUCUUUUGUAUCUUGGGAAACUUCUAAAGGAGACCACAUGACCAAAUCUUUAGAAGGAUUAUUUAUAUAUGAAGAAGGUGGUUCAGGAGUUCCAGGUUCUAACAGGAAAGGAAAUGACACAAUAGUUGUAGAACAAUGGACUGUCAUUGAGGGCUGUGAAAUUAAAACAGAUUAUGGACCUUUACUGCACACGCUGGCUGAGUUUGGAUGGCUUCUUACAUGUGUACUGCCUACACCGAUCAUCCGACAUGACAGUGAAGGAAAUCUGGCCACAAAGCAAGUUGUUUUCCUUCAGAGACCUGUUAUGUGGAAUUCAACUACCCAGACUCCAGAGAAAAAAUCCACAAGGCAGCUCAGAAGUGAUGAGAAAGGCAAAGUCUCUAGCAGAAGUAUUGGAUUAGACACAGCUACGUCUCACCCUAUAGAAAGUGGGCAUCCUCCUGAUGAGUUUCAUCUGUCUCCUUCUAAACCAUGUUGGAUCAAGGAGGGAUCUGCCCAAUAUGAAAGCUUCUCAGGAUUCAAUAGCAGCGAUAGUGUGUUAAGGGAAAUGGAUGAUGGACAGUUCGAGCAGGAAGAUGGGGCCACUCAGGUCACGUGUAUGUGACCCAGUAAGUAACUGUAUUGGAGGGAACUGUAAAUAAUUAAAACAAAUGUAAAGACUGAAUUUACUACAUUACUUUAUAUGCAUUUGUAUAAUCCUUUAGUUUUCCCAGACUCGUGUUUAUAUAUCUUUUGCUACUUUCUAGAGUUAUACGGUUAGCAAAUAAUACUACUACUGUAAAAUACCUUGGGUUUAUGUCUGUUCUUAAUGGAACAUUGCAUUUCUAGAACUCUGCUAACUUCAUUGGUGAUAUUCUCAGUGAUGCUUAUAAACAACAAGGAAGCAAACUUGGCAGAUCAGAUAUGGCUUGUGGUCUAAGAGACAGUGGAGUGGGAAAACAUAAUGCUUUCCACAAGUAAAGGAAAAUGGUAUUUUUCUAAAAGAGUAUCACAAAUGUUGGAGGAUUUAAAAAAAUUAACUAUCCAGUUCUUGACUUUCCUUUUAAGUUUUAAUUGCAAUUUUCAGUUUAUUUGCCUUGCCUAAAUCCAGAACCUGUUAAACCUAGAAAUGUCAGUGCUGCACUUUCAGUCUCCAUGAGAGUACUGUAGCAGGAUGUACCUAACACACAAAGCCACAUUCCAGCUUGCAUAUGUGCACACUGUUAAAAUCAAAGGUAGUGGGAGUGUGUGGGGUGGAUGUUUUCUGCCCUCAUUCAGUUACAUCUAAAAGAAAGGAGCUGUCAGGGACAAUCCAAAGGGCCUCCUAGGAUAUGAUCAGCACAACUAAGUAUUACCUUACCAAUCAAUUUUAACAGAUCAUUUGGAAGGCUAUGCAAAGAGUGUUACCAGUAAGAUUAUGGGUGCACACUAAUGCUGCUUGUAUGUAGCUCUGUUUUGGGGGUAGUCAUGUGGAGAGGCAAAAUUUGACCCAUAGGAUCACAUAUGAAAAUAUAAAAGCUAGGUCUCAACUGAAUACAUAUAUCACUGUGUGUAAAAUGUAUUCACCUGUUCAUAAAGUUCCUGGCUGGAAGAGACUUGCUUGUAGAUGUAAUUAUGAAAACUAAUAUAGAUCAGUAUCUUCAAGGAGAGUAGCUCAAGAGGCUUGAAUACUGAGAAACCCUAACAAUUGACAUAGGUGUGUUGGAAGAGGUGUUAAUAAUGAUCUUCUGCAGCUGUAGUGCAAUAACACUAAUUCAGUCACUGCCUAAUUUGAUCAGCCAUUUAGCUUAUUAAACACCUCUGGAACCAAGUCAUUAGUAUAAAAGUAAAUUAACAGCUUUCAUCCUUUAUUCUGAUCAAUGUUGAGCUCUUUAGGCUGGUAUUGUAGUUCAGUCAUUGCCUAUAGAAAGUUGCCAUUUAAUAGAGAAUGCAAAAUUUUUAAAUGAGAAAAGGAUGGAGAGUGAGGGAAGCCAAAGACAAAUGCAUGUGCCGAUGAUAAAGGUGAUUGAAUAAUACAAGUUUUAGUUGCAAUCAAUCACUGUUAUGGACAUUAUAAGCACAAGCUGUCACAUGCACUGUCACAAGACAUUUGAUUAACAGGAUCAAUCACUAAUUUCAUUUAAAUUGAUAGGAACAGAUUUGGCCAAAAUAAGAAUGGCAUAGUACUAAAUGUAAUUAAAUGACAAUCAGGGUCCUUUUACUACAGUUGGAUGGAAGGAAGGCCUCGCUUAACUGACCCUUCUCUUUCUUUAACCACUUUGCACACACAAUGCAUUAGGUAAAAUCCUCCUCCAGUAUUAUCCCAUAUACAUCCCCUUUGAAGUGGCUCUAUUCCAGUAGAAUAUUUAUACUUCAAAGAAGGCCACUGUGUUCAAAGGGACUUCUGGCCAAGACUGGUAGUAUGGUGGAAUUCACAGUAGACAGAAGGAAUGAUAAUUGGAUCCUCAGGCCAGCAGGGUGGUGAGAACAUGUUUAUGUUAUUACUGUGUAAUGAGCAACACUGAAUCAGGGAAAGGUUUAGUGCUGUUUCAGUUCAAUUCAGUUCCAUGAGGUUGUUUGUUUGUUUUUGUUAUUGUUGUUUUUCCAGAAAAUCCAAGAAAUAACGUACGUCAGAGAAUGAAGAUAUUUUAAUGGAAGCUGGUAACAACUCCUCCAUUUAAGUUGCCUAACACUUUUUCUAUUGUAGAAGAUUCUUGCCAGUUUGUUUGUUUGGUUGUUUUGAGAAGCUGUAACACCUCUGGGUAUUUAAAUCUGGCAGAGAAAAACGCUGGGAUUAGAGAUGUGCCUUUACUUGUCCCAUGAAAUUCCAUUCAGGUUUGGCGGCGUUCUAAAUGGUUUAAAAUUGCUAUUUCCCUUCUCUCUCUUGAAUUCUUCAGGAAAAUGUUGGCAGCAUGUCAAAAUAAUAACUGAAUUUGAAAGUUUUAAGAGCCAAGUCCAUCUCACAGCAGCGCACACAACUGGGUACACUAGGAACUGCCAAAGUAGCUUAUGCAGUGGGGUUUUGGGAAAGAGCUUAGAUGGGGCUUCCCCCAUGCCCUCAGCCAAACAGACAUAGCAUAUGACUGCAGCAUCUCAUCCCAUUUCUGGGGAGCUUGCUACACCUCCAAAGGUGGAGGGUGUGAUGUGGUGCACUCUAUAUGGUUUUAUAAAAAUAUGAUAAGUGAAUAUAAUGUAACUGGAAUAUGCUUCAUGCAAAAGGUUUCUUGUAAGGUAUCAUUACAAAGCUUAUAAUCUACUGAGUGUGAUCAUCCUAUUUGUAUAAAUAUACUACUCUUGUAUUUAAAACUAGAAAUAUAAAAUAUAACUCUAAGGGCCUAUUGUAAUUCUGCAAAGUGUGGGCCAUUAAUGGUGGUUUGGAAUCUUGAUAACUCCUAUUAACCAGGACCAUUGUUUGCAGAUGGCUGUGUUUUACCUGUGAGUCUUCCUGUAUAUGUGUGUGCUGGCAAGUGGGUAAUGAAGUCUUGCAGUGACAUGUGAUCAUGUCACCUGAACUGAAAUCCAUCUUUAACCUGGUGCUUUUCCAGUGAAGGGGGGUGAAAACCCAGAGGGACAAAGGGUUCCUGCCUUAUGCAAAAGAUAUAUAAAGGAUUGGAACAGAACAGAGGGGAGAGAAGAGCCAUUAUGACGAAUCCCCUAGCUAUUGCCUGAGCUGCAAUAAGAGGUGUACCAAGGGAAAGAAUUGUGCCCAGGCCUGGAAGGUGUCCAGUCUGAGGAAAAAACUUACUGAAGCAUCUCUAAGGGUGAGAUUAUUUGUACUCAGUUUGAUUAGACAUAGAUUUGCGCAUUUUAUUUUAUUUUGUUUGGUAACUUACUUUGUUCUGUCUGCUACUACUUGGAACCACUUAAAUCCUACUUUCUGUAUUUAAUAAAAUCACUUUUUACCUAUUAAUUCACUCAGAGUAUGUAUUAAUACCUGGGGGAGCAAACAACUGUGCAUCUCUCUCUAUCAGUGUUAUAGAGGGUGAACAAUUUGAGUUUACCCCGUAUAAGCUUUAUACAGGGUAAAACGGAUUUAUUUGGGUUUAGACCCCAUUGGGAGUUGGGUAUCUGAGUGCUAAAGAGAAGCACACUCCUGGGAGCUGUUUUCAGGUAAACAUGCAGCUUUGGGGCAAGUAAUUCAGACCCUGGGUCUGUGUUCGAGCAGAUGGGAGUGUCUGGCUCAGCAAGACAGGGUGCUGGAGUCCUGAGCUGGCAGGGAAAACAGGAAUAAAGUAGUCUUGGCACAUCGGUUGGUAGCUCCCAAGGGGGUUUCUGUCAUCCAACCCGUCACAGUGGCGUAGUCGAGCAGGAUCUGUGCACAGCUGAUUGCUUUGAGGUACUGGUAGUGAUUUGAAGUGAGUUUUAAGUGUGGUGGCUGGAGAACAGACAAAGUGGUUACUGGUUUGUUAUUUUCUGUUUGCUUAUUUCGGGAAAGUGAAGUAGGGACAGAAAAGGAAGCAAAAUAAGUAAGAAUAAAGAUUUAAAAAAAAAGAAGCUAAAAUUACACAAGUUGCAAAUUGCCCAAAAAGACUGAACACUGGGCGCUGGGAAAGUCUCUGUUAACUAAGAAGCCGCUGAGCUGAGUGCAUCUCAGUUUCAGUGAACUGCAGAUGGGUGUGGCCCAACCUCUGUCUGUGCUGAAGCUGAUUGGAGUGUCUAACCUAGCAAGACAGGAGGGGAGGGGUGCCUGUUCUGGCAGGAGGGGAUUCUCUGUGGUAUCCCAGCUCAUCAAGUGAUGGUCUCAAGGAAAAACAAAUGAAAAUUGAUGUACAAUUUGCCCGGGAAAAGGCUGACCUGGAAAAAGAAAAGGCUGCCCACCAGCCUGGACUUAAGAAACAAAGCAAUUAAGACCCAGAAGCAUGAACUGGCUGUAAAGGAGUGGAAGAGGGGCACAGAGACAUGUAUCCUGGAGCUGGGAGUUGGGGUCCUGGUGACUGCUGCGGUGGGAACAAACCCCAAGGACUCUAGCUGGAAGCAAACCCAACCUGAGUGAAAGGCGGGGGGGUUUGCUGGCCAGCGAAGGGUGUGUCAUAGCUGGUAGCUGUGAGCCUACAGCUGGAUCAGGGUCUCGUUCCCUUUUGGGGGACACAGGAGUGUCUGCCCCAUAGGGGAGCCCAAAAACUAAUUUUAGUAUACUGCCUCUGCCAUGGUCAGUGUCCAAGUCUCUGGCAGUAAGUUCAGGAGGAGGGUGUGACUAUAUGGUUUUAUAAAAAUAUAAGUGAAUAUAAUGUAACUGGAAUAUGCUUCAUGCAAACGGUCUCUUGUAAGGUAUCAUUACAAAGCUUAUAAUCUGAGUGUGAUCAUCCUAUUUGUAUAAAUAUACCACUCUUGUAUCUAAAACUAGAAAUACAAAAUAUAACUCUGUGGGGCUAUUGGAAUUAUGCAAAGUCCACUGUGAUGGGUUGGAUUACAGAAACCCCCUUGGGAGCUGCCAUCCGAUGUACCGAGACUACCUCUGCUCCUGUUUUCCCUGCCAGCUCAGGACUCCAGCACCCUGUCUUGCUGCUCCACACAGCAUAUUCCAGUUACAUUAUAUUCACUUAUUAUCAUACCUCCAGGGAUCCAGCACAUAGUUUCAGUGGCCCACUCCUCCUCUAGGAUAACAGCCUUCUUCUGCAACCAGCUAAUGUAGUUAGUCCUGUAGCUCAGGUGGUAGUUCGUUUUGCAUUGCUGAAAGUUCAGGGUUCAAAUGAUCAUAAUGAUGCAGGAAUGACGGGUGUAAGAGUUCCUACAGUUAUACAUAAAAAUGUAGCUUUUUUUUAAAAGGAAAAAAGUAAAAACAUUUAAAAAAUGGUUUAGGUUGCGAAGUCUAGCACUUGCAGGUUAGGCAAUCCCGAAUUUAGGGCUGUCUAUGCAACCUUCGUUUGGCUCCCUGGUGCCUAUUAAUUAUGGUACAUAAGAACAUUCUGACCCAGUAGGGCCAAAGGUCCAUCUAGCCCAGUAUCCUGUCUUCCGACAGUGGCCAAUGCCAGGUGCCCCAGAGGGAAUGAAUAGAACAGGUAAUCAUCAAGUGAUCCAUCCCCUGUCGCUCAUUCCCAGCUUCUGGCAAACAGAGGCUAGGGACACCAUCCCUGCCCAUCCUCGCUAAUAGCCAUUGAUAGAUAUAUUCAUGGAGGAUAGGUCCAAUUCUUUUUUUGAACCCUGUUAUGAAGUUGGCCUUCACAACAUCCUCUGGCAAAGAGUUCUACAGAUUGACUGUGCUUUGUGUGAAGAAAUGCUUCAUUUUAUUUGUUUUAAACCUGCUGCCUAUUAAUUUCAUUUGGUGACCCCUAGUUCUUGUGUUAUGGUAAAGUCUUUAAUUGCAUGAUCACAUGCUGUUUUUUUCUGCAGGACCCCUGCUUCAAUAAGUACACAAGGGGAGACUUAAAAGUUAGGAAAUGCCAGAUUUAUGUUGAAUGCUUGACUUUGUAACCAGAAAAACAAAUGACAUUAAAAGACAGUUAAUAUAUAAUGAA